UGCUCUGGACGCAUCAGGGCCCCAGGGACAGCCUAGUAUGGCACGCGCAGGAGGUUCCCGCAGCUGGGUCGGAAUCGUCACCACGCUGCUCCUUUCCGUUCCGAGCGGGGUCACCGGCUCGCCUCUGGAGGACGACCCCAUCUGCGCGGCCGAGGAUCUUGCGACGUACAGCAUCGCUUUCACGGGGAAGUGGAGCCAGGCGGCCUUCCCCAAGCAGUACCCGCUGUACAGGCCCCCCGCGCAGUGGUCGUCCGUCCUAGGCGUGGCCCAUAAUUCUGACUACAGCAUGUGGAAAGCCAGCGAGUAUGCCAGCAACGGCAUGCGCGACUUUGCUGAACGAGGCGAGCCCUGGGCACUGAUGAAGGAAAUAGAAGCCGCGGGAGAAAAAAUCCAGAGCAUCCACGGCGUCUUCUCGGCUGCGGCCAUCCCCUCUGGCACCGGGCAAACCUACACCGAAUUUGAAGCGCACUCAAGACACCCCCUGGUGUCUCUUGCGGUACGGAUCGUGCCCAGCCCGGACUGGUUUGUGGGCAUCGACAGCGUAAACCUGUGCGACAAAGAUCACUGGAAACAGCAACUCACGCUUGAGCUGUUCCCGUACGACGCCGGAACCGACAGCGGCUUCACGUUUUCUUCCCCAAACUUCGCCACCAUCCCACAGGAGACGGUGACACCGAUCACUGCUUCCUCUCCGAGCCACCCAGCAAACUCCUUUUAUUACCCCAAGCUUAAAAAUUUGCCCCCGAUUGCCCGAGUAACCAUGAUAAAACUCAAAAAGAGCAAACUGGGUUUCCCCAUUCCACAACACAAUGUGACAACAACGGACAAUGAAAUCGACGAUUCUGUCUCAAAAACGCCGCUGGACUGCGAGGCGUCGCCCUGGUCGCCGUGGGGCUUGUGCCGGGGCCCCUGCGGGCGGGCGGGCGCCAAGCGGAGGACGCGCUACGUGCGCCUGCAGCCCGCCAACGGCGGCGCCCCCUGCCCGCCGCUGAGCGAGGAGGCCGAGUGCCAGCCGGGCCGCUGCCCCUGA